AUGCUCUCGAAAAACAUCGUCCUGAAGGAUGAUCUCGAGAAAUGGACAAGUUCUGCGAGCUAUAAUAGCAUAGUGCAGUACAUUCUGCUGCUUCAAAAUUCCGUGAUUGGCUUGGCAAACGAUGCAAACGUCGUUGUUCUGCCAAAGGUGCAACAGAUCGAAGAAUUGCUAGCGAAAGUGGACCAGACCAUCGAGAAAAACCCCAUAGUUAAGGACGCUGCAUUGUCGCGGUUCGGAAAACCCGAAUUCCGAGACUUUUACGAUGAAAUAGCGGCCAAUUGCGGUCAAUGGAUAGCUGAAAUCGUAGACACAUCGGCUGAAAAUAUCGAAGAAUUGGGUGGAUACUUUACAGAGUCAUGGGGGAACCGUACGCGUAUCGACUAUGGGUCCGGACAUGAACUCAAUUUCAUUGCCUUCUUGUACUGUUUGAAUGGCCCUCUAGGAGUUCUCUCUGCAGAAGACUACCCGGCGAUAGUGCUUCGAGUAUUCACACGGUAUAUUGCAACUAUGCGUAGGCUACAGAAAACGUAUUGGCUCGAGCCAGCGGGGUCCCAUGGAGUUUGGGGACUUGAUGACUAUCACUUCUUGCCCUUUUUGUUCGGCGCGGCUCAACUAGCUACACAUCCACAUAUGAAGCCGACUCUGGUGCAUAAUCGCGAGCUAGUCGAAUGUUACUGGAAAAAAUACAUGUACUUGGAGUGUGUGCACUUCAUCAACUCCAUCAAGACUGUUCCUGGCCGCAGCGCUGAGGAGGUUAGUCUUCGUUGGUACCUGCCCAUGCUAGACGAUAUUCUGGCCGCGAAGUCGUGGCAGAAGAUCUGUGAUGGGAUGGUUAAGAUGUACAAGGCUGAGGUUUUGGGAAAGUUGCCCAUUGUCCAGCACUUCUUGUUUGGACAGCUCAUCCCUGCUCCAGAAGGUACAUCUAACCAUGACCAACAUGAACAGACUACGGACGCAUGUUGCAGCACUACAGAACACAGAAACACAUGGGGCGAUUGUUGUGGCAUUAGUAUUCCUAGUGCUAUUGCCGCUUCACAAAGCACACUGGGAGUUCCCUUCGAUUAA